AUACUGAGUGUAUUUUGGAACCUUUGUCUCUGCCAGAAAGUCCAGGUGGCGUUGAUGCUGUAGAAAGUUCUCCCUGCGUGCCUUGCAUUUUCUGCAAAGAGUGCUAUCUCUUAGCAGAACAAAGCCAGCUCCUGAAGCACAUGAUUAUUGAACACAAGCUCGUCAUAGCAGAUGUGAAACUGGUUGCAGAUUUUAGAAGCUACAUCUUGUACUGGAAGAAAAGGUUUGCAGAACAGCCUAUCACAGACUUUUGUAGUGUGAUAAGAACAAAUUCAAAAGCACCAUUAGAAGAACAGGACAAUUAUUUUCUUUUAUGUGAUGUUUUACCAGAAGACAGAUUACUCAGAGAACAGCUUCAGCAAAAAAGACUGAGAGAAAUUUUAGAGCAGCAACAACAAGAGAGAUGUGAUACAAAUUUUCAUAGUAUGUGUAUGUUCUGCGAUCAAGAAUUCACAGGAAACAGGUCUGUCCUUCUCAAUCAUAUGGCAAGAGAGCAUGCUUUUAACAUUGGGCUGCCAGAUAAUAUUGUGAAUUGCUAUGAGUUUUUGGCUGUAUUACAGGGGAAGCUUGACAAUUUGCAGUGUUUAUAUUGUGAAAAAGUCUUCAGAGACAAAAACACACUUAAAGAUCACAUGAGAAAGAAGCAGCAUCGCAGAAUCAAUGCCAAAAACAAAGAGUAUGACAAAUUUUAUAUCAUUAAUUACUUGGAAUUUGGAAAGUCCUGGGAGGAAGUGCAGUCAGAGGACGACCGGGAAUUACUAGAUAACCUAGAAGAAGACUGGUCUGACUGGGAAGAGCAUCCUGUGUGUGCAGUUUGUCUGUUUUGUGAACAACAAGCAGACACCACAGAAAAACUGUAUCUUCACAUGCAGAAAUCACAUGGAUUUGACUUUCCUAAAAUAAAGUCAGAGCAUGGUCUGAACUUUUAUCAGCAAGUAAAGCUAGUGAAUUUCAUCAGAAGAGAAAUCCAUCACUGUCGUUGUUACAACUGCCAGGAGAAAUUUCAGUCCAAAGGGGUAUUGAUAAGUCAUAUGGAAGAGACCAAACACAUUGCAUUCCUGCCAGCCAGAUCUACAUGGGAUCAACCACAGUAUUAUUUUCCUACCUAUGAAAACGAUACACUGCUGUGCACACUGUCAGACAGUGAAGAUGUGAUAACUGAGGAUCAAAGUGAAGAAGUCCCUGUUAUAAGCGAAGAUAUAUCCAGUCUAAAAGCUCUCAAACAGAGCAGUGUCUUAAAUCAGCUCCUGUGUAAAGAGAACAAGAGUCGGGAGAAAUUUUGAAGUACAGUUUGCUGACCUUCAGUGCUUUUCUGCCAGACAAAAAAAAAUCCAUUAUUUCACUAAUAUUGGAAUACAGUUUAACUCAACUAUUAGUAUUACUGGACAAAUAAUAGAAAAUGAAUGCUAAAUAAAAUUUAAGUGUUAACUU